AGCCUCACGAUUCAAUUUGCUCCGCAGCCGCACAUUGAAAUUCAGUCCGCGGGUAUCGAGAUGAGCUCGAUCCAGGGUAGCACGUCUCGUACGUUUGUUUACAAGCCUCUACUUAGGGGAGAGAUACGUCUACUCAGUUUGAGAAUUCCCGCAGCGGUGGACGAGGGUCUGGACAAGAACCCUCGCGUCGAGCUUGGCCUUCAGCACUUUCAUCAAAACAGGGCGCCGGACUAUCUCGCGCUGUCAUAUGUCUGGGGGAACGGAUCCAGACCCGAAAUCCGCAUCGUGGUGAACGGCAGGGACCACGCCGUCACCGAGAAUCUGUACGAUGCCGUGGUCCAGAUCCGGCGGCAUGGGCGGGCCUGGUUGCGGCUGCUGGAGCGCUACAAUAACAAAACGCCAGCGUCAUCGUCGUCGCCGUCAUCGUCGUUGUUGGUCUACCUUUGGAUCGACGCGAUCUGUCUGAAUCAGUGUGACCAGGACGAGAAGGCGGCGGAAGUCCCGAGGAUGGGAAGCAUCUUCGGAAAUGCUGUCACCGUCGUCGUGUGGCUCGGGCGUCGGCCCCGCGAGUGGGACGCCGACGAUAUGCGAGACCUUUUCGACCAGUUCUUUGGCCACUUCGCGUCGAGUCCGUUCAUUCAGGAGGUCUUCCAGACGGCGCGCUGCGCUGCGCGUGCGGACGAGUCCGGAGACACGGCGCGACGUUUCGCGAGGUUAGGAUACGCGGCGCUCGGGCUCAUCAAUUUGCCAUGGUUCCAGAGGGUUUGGGUCAUUCAAGAAAUCGUUCUUGCGCGGCACGACCCAAUCGCGCUCUUAGGCGACGACGUUUUCUUGUUGCGGGACAUGUUGGAGAUUGUUCGUGCCGACCUUGUCAACGACGUCGAGGGAGACAUGGAUCAAGUAUUUUGGAUCGUGAGCCAGGCAUUGCGCACGGUAGUGUGGUAUUUCUUCCCUGGGCCCCAUUGGAAAUGGAGGUACAGCCCACAAGCAUCAAUGGCAGAGCAGUUGGAGUGGUUGAUCCUACAAAAAGGCGAAAAACGAUGUUCGUUGAGCCAUGAUCACAUUUAUGGCUUGCUAGGCCUGCUCGAUUUGACCGACAUGCCCGCACAUUUGCUACCAAACUACGCCAGACCUCACAACGAAGUUUACCGAGACUAUUCAAUUUACAUAUACCAACGGACGGGUAGCCUGGCCCUGCUUGAGAAUUCGAAUAGAGAUAUAUCAAUUCCUGGUGUACCAUCCUGGGUAUCCUCAUUCCAACCUGUACUCGGGAUGUUGACGAACCUCAUGCCGAAGCACCGGCAAAUAAGCGUGCUCUUCCCGACGAGUGAUAAAAUGGUUGUCGAAGGGGUUGUGGUGGGUAAGAUUGUCAACGCCACUAGCCCCUCAAUUGCAUUGUCGGAUGCAAAUGUGAUAGAACCGCGAUUCUCCGAAAUGGUCAACAUCCUGAACCAAUCUGACAGGAUCUUGAACGUUUCGAGGGGGACGCGUUGGUCACAGUUCGUCGUACAGCAUGAGAGACUGGCAGGAACAGAGUCUGACGCGCGUACGCCAGACGACUUUAGGCCACUCUUUCAUGACGAGCAUGCCGAUCUCAAGCGGAAUGCAGUUGCUCGAUCGAUGGGUGUUGCACUGAUCAAUUUCGGUGUAUUGCUGACCGAGCACGGAGACGUGUUUCUGUUCUGGCCUCCCAGCAGAGAUAUCACGACAAAGGAAAGUCAUAUCGUCGUGGCUCUCAAAGGAUCGUUGCUUUACUCCAUUUUCCGAAACUGUGGCAGUGGUGAAUAUAUGCUGGUCGGACAAGCACAGCGGCUUGAAACAUUUUCAGCUGCUCUACCCGAGCCCCAGGAUUUUGGAGAGCGCUUCUUUCAGGAUCAUGCAGUGCAGUAUUUUACUAUCGUAUAGUGCUCGAGAGCCAUACUUGGUGCCUAUUUUGUCGUAGAAUCACAUCCGCAGCAACAAUCUCGUGUCCCUCACUGGCAAUAAUUUGCCGGAAACGCGCCUCUAACACCUCUCAACUCCCCCUCCCACCAGUCAUUCGAACUUGCCGUCUUCUUUACGACCUUGAUCCUGUCACCUUCUCUGAAGUUCAGGUCGCCCUCAUUUUGCGCUGUGUAAUCAUACAGAGCCGUCACAUACUCGAAUUGCUGGCUCGCC